AUGUACAAGAACCCCAAUAACUCAUUUAAAAGAUACAGGUGUCGAUCGAGACAUGAAGGCCUCACACCUUGCUAUUUUGUGAAUAAGAGAACAACCAACGUAUUAGACUCUGCCAGGGUUUUGAAGAACCCAGCUAAGAUAGCUUCCUCUUUAAGAGAGUUGUCAUCAAAUUACUCAAAAAGAUACAAAAGUUAUACUGAGAAGAAGCUUGCUGGGCAAUACACUUGGAUUAGCAUUUCUAAGUCAGAGAAUUGUAAUUCUUUGUUUUCAAAGUCUGAUUGCCUUUACCAGAUACAAGAUAAAUGCAAAACAAGGACCAUUUCUCAGUCAAUAAACAUAUCAAAUUCUAAAAAGAAAAGAUAUAGUAUUGGGAUUACAAGCAAAAUGUUGCUUAGUUUUCCUACCCAAGUUCAGAUGGCAAUCUUGCCUAAUUUUAGCACUGGCCCAGUCAUACAGGCUCCUAGUGGAGGCAGCUCCAGAGCUUCUAAGAAGCUAAUACAGGGGUUGGUCACCUUUAAAGUAUGCAAGGAUAGAUCAAACAAAUAUGUUGGCCAAAAGAUGUUGUGCUCCAAAGAUGAUACAAUUAAGACAGUCAAGUAAGGUAUCUGCCUCUUUUCAUGAUGGUAAUAGGUGUUAAAGACUUCAAAGCUUGAUCUCAGCUCAGCAAUUGAAGAUCUUCAGAGUAAUAAUUACUAAUUAUGCACUAUUUCA